ACCCCAGUAACAUUUAACACUUGUCUAGUGUCUAAUGUUUAUAAUCCAUUUUUAAAUUCAGCUAAAAUAAUGUAUAAUAUUAUAUAACAACGUUACAAUAUUGUAAUGUAUCAUGACUCUAAAAUCUAUUUGGGUUGACUACUGUGAAAACGGUUCAAUACAUGGGUUGAGGCAUGUUAUCCAGAAAGACGAGAAACCACUUAAUAGAUUUAUGUGGAUACUGUUGUUGAUUGUCGCCAGCAUAGCUAUAGUGGUUUUGGUUUCGGCGUCUUGGGAGAAAUAUUCUUACUCUUCAAUGGAAAUUGCUGUUGAUGACCCUCGUUAUCCACUCACCAAGAUUGAUUUUCCUGCAGUUACUAUUUGUCCCAUCAGCAAAAUCAUAUAUUCAAAGGCUCUCAAAUUAGUGCUCAAUAAACACCCCAGCGAUUCUGACUUGAGAACUAGGUGGACAAAUUCGUUGAUGAUACUUGCAAGGAUACAAUUCCCGCAUAACACAAAUCUAUACUAUAUGCUCCAAAAUGCAUCUCUGGUCAAUAUACCCCUGGAUGAUAUAUCUGAUAUCAUGUUAAAAUUGGCACCAUCCAUAGAUGACAUAUUCAUAAAAUGCUUUUGGAGAGGCGUAACGUACAAAUGCAAAGAUAUCCUGCGGUUUCAACGUACCGAAGAAGGGUUUUGUUAUUCAUUCAACAGCCAAACUGCUGAGAGGAGUACAAGUAACGAAAGUAAUUUUAAUCCACCGUUUGUUGGGUCGGAUGGAGUACUCAUUCCACUUCGAAACAACGCCGCAGGCAAAGAGACCGGACUAAAAUUAAUCAUGAGCAACAUGAGCCACGAAUUUUUUCCCACUGACAAUCGCAGGAGAGGCUUUUACGUGAUGGUACACCCUCCAGAUGGCUUUCCAGACGUGGCGACCGCCUACAAGAUUCACGCCGUACGCGAUCGCAUCACUCUGAUAUCGGUGAGCGCGGCCCAAGUAGAAGCAGACGAAUCGCUCGACCGUCUUGACAGUUGGAACAGCCAGUGUUACUUGUACAAAGCAAAGGCGAAGAAUCUCAGCUCAUUGCUUCACAAGAGCAGCAAUGAGGACACGUGUUUCAUCAAGUGUAGGAUGAGGGCCAUCUACAAGGCGUGCAACUGCACACAGUACUUUUUCAAAUUGUUCAAAGUACUUCAACGCAACCCCAAAACCACGGAAGAUGAACCAGGGUUUCCCGAAUGGAGCGUACCAUUUUCCAUGAAUUGCAGUUGUAGACCGCCUUGUUCGUUUAUUACGUAUACAACCGAGCUCCGGUAUGAAAUUAGACAAUUAAUUAAUGAAGAACCGUCGUCCUCGAGAUACAACGUAUUCCUAGAAGUAAAUUACAGAGAACUGUAUGCUACAAGCUAUCGUCGGUCCAUGAGAUAUACCACUCAAGAUUUGUUGGUGUCGUUUGGUGGAGUAGCCAGUCUGUUUCUGGGUUGCAGCCUAGUCAGUAUAGUGGAAAUCCUUUACGUCAUCUACAAGUCAGCCUUGGUGUUUGCGAAAAAACUCUACAACAACUACCAGUUAAACAAUGACCCAGCUUGACGAGAUGCAACUGUUCCAUACAAGCGAUCUUAAUUAUUAAGACUUGAAAUUAUACGCACUAAAAAAUAACCAUCUAUAUGCACCAAAGAUUUGCAAAUAUGCUCGUAAAAGAUAUGUUUUAAGAAACAAUCAUGAUUUUGGUUUUAAAUUAAUAUAAAUUGGAACUUACACAGUGUGAAUCGUUUAAUUGUACAAUAUAUAGACUAUAGAGACAUAAAGCGCAUUUUAUUUAUA